CUUUGAAUAGAACUCCAGCCUGAAUAUGAAUAUCUCAUCGGAUAUUUUUAACAACACACGGGGCACGGCAGUCGACGAAGCAGCAAGAAUGGCUACUCUAACGAUCUUUGUUUUGACUUUCUUAUUUGGCUCUACAGGAAAUCUUCUGGUUCUCCUCGUCGUCGCCAAGAAGCACACUCGUACUUUAAACGACAUUUUUAUCAUCCAUUUGGCGGUUUCUGAUUUAAGUUUUAUUCUUUUAUGUUUACCAGUAUUUAUCUACAUGCAAGUGUCUGAUUUCCUCGGAUCGUUAGUGUACUGCAAGAUUAUCUGGCCUAUGAUGACUGUAUCCUUUUGUGCAGGGAUUUUUACCGUGACCUUGAUGGCAGUUCAUCGUUGCAAAGCAAUCCUUCGCCCUUUCGAGGGAGUACUUGAAAAAAGGCAGCUCUUUUUGUGUUUUUUGGUUAUUUGGGUUCUUUCUUUUCUUGUUGCCCUGCCACUUAUCAUCGUGGCUAGAGUUGGACCUUCAGGAGGCUGUCUUGAAGAUUGGCCUACAAAAGAGCACAAGCGAGGUUACACUGCUGUGCUCGCCGCGCUCCAAUACUUCCUUCCUCUAAUCAUCAUUGCUGUUGCAUAUGUCAUGAUUGGGGGAGAACUCUUUUUCUCAAAGCGGCGUAGGUCUUUUACUUCCCCGCCAAGACCUGCGGAAGAGGCGAGGAAACAAGAAAACAAAAAAAUUGCCAAAGUACUUGCAACCAUAGUUGUUUCCUUUGCUGUGUGCAUGCUUCCCACUCACGUAGCCUGGUUGCUGGUCGAUUUUGGUGGCAAUGGUGGCCGGAAGACAGCAGAAGUUAUUUUCAAAUUUUCCGACUUAUUAGCUGUAUUUCACAGUUGUUUGAACCCUUUAAUCUACGGGACAGUAACUCGCCAGUUUCGCCAAGAUUACGUUCAAUAUCUCAAAUCUACUCUCGUUUGUCGCUACAAAAGAAUUCUCCAAGCAAAACCAUGUCAACAGCACCAAGCUAGCGAGAGGUUCAAUACAUGGACAAGAGGUGGACAAACCACAGAUCUACUAGAAAUGGAUUACCGAGGACCCACUCAAUCAACCGCACUGAUCCCGCAAAUAAUAUAGCUUGGCAGCUUCUUUGUUUAAAGUUGGCAAAGAUUGCACAACUAGGAACAGCAACGAUAGCAACAAAUUUGAUACAAAAACUCCAUCUUUGGUUCGCUCUAUUGUUCGGUUAAGUUUCGAAG